AUGAGGGAUAACAAGCUGCUCUCUAGAAGAGAGCUAGAUGUGGUUGUAUACCACCCUGGGAUGCCCAUUCCUAGCCAAGAGGAGAUAAGAGGAAAGAUAUCUGAGCUUUAUCAAACAAACAAGAAGAACAUUGUAGUUGGGGAUUUCAAGAACAGGUAUGGUACUCACAGAACUACUCUCAAGGCAAAGAUUUAUUCAAGUGCUGAAGCCCUGUCAAAUACUGAGAAAAAGCAUAUUGUGGCGAAGCUUACUGGAAAGGAGUUCCAGAUAACGCCUAGAAGAGUUAGGAAAGAUGAAAGGAAGAAACGUUACAAGGUCUUUGGUACUCUUAAGAAGGCAAUGAAGAAAGCUGAGAAAAAGAAUAAAUAA